ACUGGUUAUACUAGGAUAAUUGAAGAGGUGAAAAUACUGUGGUUGAAUCAGUAAUUUCAUUGAGGCAAAGAUGAUUGCUAGGCUUCUGGGGAAACCUAAGCAAGAGGCAAAUGCUCUCGCCACCCUAGACAAAUUAAACGAGGCAGCUGCCUCAGAUGAUACUGGCUAAUAUUUUACAUGAACUUUGAUCUUCUGAAAAUUUCUUUGAGAGGAAAGAGGCUAGUGUAUGAUUUAGUUCAUGAGUCUCAUUGCCAAAGACUUUGGAUUUUCACCCCUCAUUGCAACUUGUGGAAACAUGUCCUCUGGUGAACAUGUUCAAGAUUGUAUUUCUCAAUCUAAGCAUCUGUUGGAUGCACUACGUCCUGAUAGAGCCCACUCUUCCCCUCAACUAUCGCUUUGUUGAGCUUUCACAUUAAAUACAUCAUUUUCUGUUGGAGAUAGUCAAUUUGGACAAGGGAGAUGCCCUUCUCUUCCAUUUAGAAAUCUAUGAUUUAACAAGAGAAAAGUUCAAAUAUCAUUGAUGGGAGCAGACUACACCAGGCUUGUCCACUAAGAGAAACAGGAAAAUGAAAUAUUCGACCUGAGAGCAAUAUCUGAAGUAUGAAGACUCUUGAGAUGCUUGAGAAGAAGGAAGGCGUUCUUCAGAAAAAAGCAUCUGCUGAGGUUGAGAAGGCCAAAGAAUAUACCAAAGCGAAGAACAAGAGAGCGGCCAUACAGUGUUUGAAGAGAAAAAGACUCUAUGAAGAACAGAUUGGGCAGCUUGCCAAUUUUCAACUGCGCAUACACGACCAGGUUAUAAUGUUAGAAGGUGCAAAAGCUACUACUGAAACUGUUGAUGCGCUGAGAAGUGGAGCAGCUGCAAUGAAAGCAAUGCAGAAAGUCACAAAUAUUGACGAUGUGGACAAGACAAUGGAUGAGAUAAAUGAACAAACAGAGAACAUGAAGCAGAUACAGGAAGCACUGGCUACACCAAUUGGUGCAGCAGCCGACUUUGAUGAGGAUGAAUUGGAGGCUGAGCUUGAAGAAUUGGAAGGUGCAGAGUUGGAGGAACAGCUUCUUCAGCCUGCAACUACGGCCCCUGCUGCUUCCGUGCAGGUUCCAUCAGGCAGAGUACCUACUCGCCCCGCCCCUCAGAAACGGACACAGGAGGAAGACGAACUUGCUGCUCUGCAAGCAGAAAUGGCACUUUAAGUUUACCUGUAGAACUAAUUUAGUCCAUAACCUUGGCAUCUGUAACUGAAGCAGUCGAUCGACCAAUCACCGGAUAGAUGAAAUGUAACAUAGGGAUCUUGCAAUUGGUUGGAACGCUAGUUCCAAAUUGUUAUGCUCAAUGUAUAUUUUCUGGCGUUGAAAUGCUGUUGAUGGAAUUGGCAAAUUCAUCUAGAUGUCGUGAUAUCACUGGCGCAGAGCUGAGUUGUGGUGAUUAUAUGUAGGUGAAGUAAAAAGUGUGCAAUCUACAAUCCUGAAUGCAGCACGUAUGCAUGUAAGUUGCAGUAGCUAUUCC